AAUCACUAGGUACGGCGUGACUAGUGUGGUCAAGGUUAUUUCAAGAUCUUUUCUUUGCUACUGAAAUAGUAGUUUUGGAUGAUUUCGUCGUAAUUAGUGCAAUGAAUAACUUUUUAAUCCGAUCUUCACUAUGUACGCUGAGACGGCAUAUGUGUACUCCUGGAGCACCCCAGUCUGCUAACCGUGCUUCUGCAGGCCCGAUAUAUAAACCUAGCGAAUUACAGAAGUUUAUUUUGGUGUGGACUAAGAAGUUUAAGAGCAAAGCUGAUAUACCUCAAUUUGUGUCGCCCGAGUUAAUAGAGAGGUCCAAGAGUGAAGCAAGGAUUAAGUUAGCUAACAUUUUGAUGAUCCUCACCGGUCUCGCCAGUUUAGGGGCAGUUUUGUCUGGUAAAGCUGCAGCCAAGAGAGGUGAAUCUGUUCAUCAAAUGAAUUUAGACUGGCAUAAAAAAUAUGAAGAUGACUAUAAGAAAAAACAAGAGGCAGAUCAACGCUAAAUAUUUAUUAAAUAUUUAUAAAAAUGUUUUAUGUAGAAUGCUUUAACAAUAAAUUAUGUACAAAACUCGAUAUUUUAAGCACCUAACUAGAAAAAAAAAAAUUUAAUAAUUUAAAUAGUAAGUUUCAUUUUUAAAAUUAUAUUGCAUUAUUUUAAGCAAACCUCAGCAAACAUUUUAUUUACCUAUAGAUUGUCAUAUUUUUUGUUAAAAACUACUGUUAAAUGUAGAAGAUAAUCUUAAUAAAAUAUUGUGUAAUGAUGUCCACAAGACUUGUAGUUGCUUGUAACUAGUUAAUGAUACAGCAUAGUUCCCUUUAAAUAAUAAUGAGAAAAGUUGUAAGAUAAAUUAUUGACUUAUUUAUUUACUUAACAAUUUCAAAAAUUGUAAGAACCAAUUUUUUUAUUGUGUUAAUUAAUUUGUGUGCCAUAAACAGCUGUAGUCUGAUAUCCAUUAAUAAUAAUGAGAUGUUUUUAUAAAUGGAAAUGGAAAUUAAAAGAAAACUGGGA